CUUUUCUCUUCUCUUUUUAAAAGCAUGCUUCCAUACUGGGGAGGCCAUUGUGACAUGAUUAAUGGCACAGAUGGAUCAUCAUUUCCCCCUUUUGUCAGUAGGAAUGAUGUGCUGCAAUUUUUUUCUUCUGAUAUUUGCAGGUCCAUCUAUGGCAACUUUGACAGUGAUCAGCUUGUGAAGGACAUUCCACUCUAUCGAUUUAUAGUACCGCCAGAUGCUUUUGCAUCUCCACUUGUCAAUCCUGAUAACAUCUGUUUCUGCACAGAAGAAAUUAUAUCUCAGAACUGUACUAGGGCUGGAGCACUGGACAUCAGCGCCUGUAAAGAAGGUACCACCAUGGAAGGCUUACAGACACUUUAUAUAAAUGAAAAUUGUAACACUUUAAUGGCUUUUGAUCAGAGCCUUGAACAUUUGGUUCAAGGCUCUGAACAACUCCCAGAAUACUUCAGCUAUCCUAACCAGUUACCAACCUG